AUGAAACUUUUUGCCACCUUUAUCGCCAUCGCCUCCGCCCAGGAGUACAACUACGAGAACCAAAACUACGAAUAUGCUGAUAGCUACGAUUACGGCACUACAACUGUCGCCAAUGAAGCCGUCACUGAGCAGGUUGCCGCCGCUGUUGCUGAUCUCGCCGCCAACGCCGUCGCUGCUGGCCGAAACUACGGUAACAACAAUAACGCCUACCCAGCAAACAACAACUACCCUUCCUACCCUGCCGCAACUGGGCUCCAGUGCUGGCGAUGCGAUGCCGACUCGUUUGAGCUCUGCGAGAGCACUGGCUCCGUCCAGACUUGCCAGGCAAACGAGGGCUCCUGCGAGCUCGAGAUCCGAGAGCGCAACGGUUACAUCAUGCAAAUCCGAACUGGCUGCAAAGCCAAGGACGCUUGCGAAAUGAACAUGGCGCAGAACUUCAAGCAGCAGAAUCCUCACUACACUGAGUGCCGACCGGAACCUGGAUACACUCACUCUGUCUGCCGACAGUGCUGCAGUGAAAACCUCUGCGUCAAGGAACCAAGCUGGUGGUACCCAACUACCCGAACCGAGUGGGCUUACAAAGGCGAAUCUGGUUACUAA